UUCGUGCAAGUAAAAUGCUAAAAUAUAUUUAGAGGUGUAAACAAUCGAUGUUACACGUCAAUUAAAAAAUAAGUUAAAUAGUGUUAAUCAAUUCUUGAAAAAAACAUUUUAUAAUUGCGAUUUUUUGUUUUUUUUUGCAAAUAACUUUCGAGCCUAUAAUUUGUGAAGGGAUUGAAACAAAAUUCUAUAGUUUUGCAUUAUAUUUGAUGAAUUCUGUUUAUUUUUCAUAUGAGAAUUAUAAAUCCCCAGAAUUAUAAAUAGAAUUUUGUCACAUAUUUUAAUGAUAAAGAAAGUUUAAACACUUUGAACUUAGCAGCGAAUUCGGUUGCUCGCAGUAGUGCGCAUCUUAAAUAGAUGUUGAAAAACUAUUUGGCCAAAACGAUAAUUCGUACGGAUGCUGAUCAUUUUACUGGCUAACUGUAAAAAGUAUUUGAAGAGAUAUUAAAACUAAUGCUUAAAUACAAGAAUUGAGUGUAAACGAGCCUUAGGGCGCACUCGGUGUGCACUAGUGCAAGGAACCGAAUUCGCUAUUAAGUAUUUUCCUCGGAUAAAAAGUUUAUUGGUGAUCAUUAAUUCGCACCGCGUGAUGAUGCAAGGCGGAGGUGCCGCUAUUUAGCGACAUAUGUACGUACGUACGUACAUACGUACGUAUGUACUUAACAGCAAUGUGUUGUUUCUAUGUGUGAAUCAUUCAGCGAAUCGAACGCGUCGCAUUGUUCGGCCAAUGGCAUUCGGUGGGACUCGGCUGGACUCGGCCGCGCUCGGCCGGUGACGACGAGCAUCGGGUGGCGCGCGCGAGUUACUCGGGCGGCCGGGGGCCGCCAUUUUCCUCCAGCAAGGGACAGCAGUCCGGAGCGUAGGUAGCGAGAAUCUGUGUGCAUCAUUAGCGAAUCGAGUCGAGAAUAGUGAAACGUGAAGCACGGAAACUCCUUUUGUGUACGCCGCGAAUCGUGCGCGAUCGGUAUUUUACGGUAGUACGAGGACCGCAGUGUGCCCGGUGGUCAGUAUAUUCGCGUGACUCUCGUACAUCGUGCCGACCGCGGCGGUCACCCGGUAGACGGACGCCGUCGCCGCCGCGCGCAUUUCUGUACAAUUGACAACGGGCCGAGAAUAUAUUUUCAAGAGGGACGCAGGAAGACACGUAAAAGAAGAGAGCAAAAGGAGAUAAAGAGGGGAUAUAUAGCGCGUGAGCGCAAGGAAGAGAAAGAGACAAGGAGCAAGGUGAAAAAAGGAGGGAGAGACGCGCAGAGAGAUAGAGGAUAGAAAGAGACAGAAGCCAAGUGUGAAUAGUUUGGUGAUUGCAGUGUGGCUGCGCACAGUGAAAAUACUCAACCAUCGGCCAACUUCGGGUGUUGGGACGCCAAGUGGGAUAUCAAGGGAGAGCAAGUCGCCUCCGACAGGAGACGGUACUCACCAAGCCGUGAUGCAUUGGAGAUUCGGCGGUUUUCACCCCAAGACCGACCAGAAGUUAGUGUUGCAAAAUCAGUUUGUGUGACAAAGCCUAAAAGACAACGAGAGUGCUAAAACGUUGUACCAGUUGGACUAGAAGAGGCAUCUCCGCUGCGAGUGUCUUGCCGGGAUAUUCUGUCGUCCUCGACUGUUGGUCGGAGCCGAAGGGGAAGGGAAGCGGUCGUAAUUUCUUCUUUGUAGUGACACUGAGAGCGCACAGUGAAAACAAUAAAAAUAGGGGGGGCGGUCUGCUGACCGAUGGACAAACGGAAGAUGAUGCCCAAACGCCCUCGUAUGGAUAAUCUGAGAGGUCCGAUUGCCAACGGACCGAUCCAGACGCGGCCACUGGUCGCGCUUCUCGAUGGCCGUGAUUGUUCUAUCGAAAUGCCCAUCCUCAAAGACGUCGCAACUGUUGCCUUCUGCGACGCACAGUCCACUUCAGAAAUACACGAGAAGGUAUUAAAUGAAGCAGUGGGUGCGUUGAUGUGGCACACGAUAAUUUUGACGAAGGAGGAUUUGGAAAAGUUCAAGACGCUACGAAUCAUCGUUCGGAUCGGUUCUGGCGUAGACAACAUCGACGUCAAGGCAGCUGGUGAGCUUGGCAUUGCGGUGUGUAAUGUGCCUGGCUAUGGGGUUGAAGAAGUGGCUGACACUACUCUUUGUCUCAUCUUAAAUCUUUAUCGGCGCACUUAUUGGCUUGCCAACAUGGUGCGCGAAGGCAAGAAAUUCACAGGACCAGAACAGGUGAGAGAAGCAGCAACUGGCUGCGCAAGGAUACGGGGUGACACCUUGGGUAUCGUUGGCCUCGGUAGGAUUGGUUCCGCAGUUGCGCUGCGUGCCAAAGCUUUUGGUUUCACCGUCAUCUUCUAUGAUCCUUAUCUACCAGAUGGUAUCGAGAAAUCAUUAGGUCUCACCAGGGUUUACACAUUACAGGAUUUGCUGUUCCAAUCAGAUUGUGUAUCUCUGCAUUGCACUUUGAAUGAACACAAUCAUCAUUUAAUAAAUGAAUAUACUAUUAAACAGAUGAGACCAGGUGCAUUUUUAGUCAAUACAGCGCGAGGUGGUUUGGUGGAUGACGACGCGCUAGCUGCGGCACUCAAACAGGGUAGAAUCCGCGCGGCAGCGCUAGAUGUCCAUGAAAAUGAGCCGUAUAACGUCUUUCAGGGUCAGUCUGCGAAUCAGUGUCCAUUGAAAGAUGCGCCCAAUCUUUUAUGCACUCCACACGCCGCCUUCUACAGCGACGCGAGCUGCACCGAAUUACGUGAGAUGGCGGCGAGCGAGAUACGACGGGCGAUCGUCGGACGCAUACCCGACUGCCUACGCAACUGUGUGAACAAGGAAUACUUCCUUUCCUCGACCGGAAACGGCUUUUCGAGCAGAUGUUAACUUCUCUUCUCUUCCGAGUGAAAGUCCGAAAGCGAUCGUGAAAGUUGAGCGUGACAAAAUCUGUCGAUGCGUGUGUGUAUAGAGUGUAAAGAAUAAGCGCUUAGACGAGACUUAUAUAGAAAAAAAAAACGAACGAAAGAAAGAAAGACAGAGACAAAGAUGAUUCCGUUCUUGGGAAUCUCGAUGACCUGUGUGUGUGUUCUCACGUUCCUGUUUCUCGUUGGCGAGGAACGAUUGCUACUCUACUACCUAGAGCACACCUAGAACGCCACCCUAGAGCGUAACGAAAUCCACACACAGAGUCAGAGAAAAAAAAAA